AAUGAAUCAACAAACAGUUUCUUAUUACAUUGCUUUCUAGGAUUUUCGAAGAAUUAAAAGAUUUGGACUUUGCAGGAGUUUUCGCACUCUCUCUCUGCAAAUCUUAUGGCAGCUGAAGAGGGUAAUAAGCUUCCAUCGCUUUCUUCUUACCCUGAGAACCCAUUUCCUUGAAGAAGAAUUUUAUUGUUGAAAAUUUGGUAAAUUUGUAUAAUUUGUAAUUUGAAUAAUGGGGUUCUCUGAAGAUGAUUAUGGCAGCAAUCGCGGGGCUGGAUGAGAAGAAUGGCUCCAACAAGACAUCGAUAUCAAAGUACAUUGAAUCAAAAUAUAGGGACUUGCCAGCAGGCCAUACCACUCUCCUCUCUCACCACCUUAACAGAAUGAAGAGUACUGGAGAGCUAAUCUUUUGGAAAAACAACUACAUGAAGGCAGAUCCCAAUGCACCUCCAAGGCGCGGCCGAGGUAGGCCUCCUAAGCCUAAGGUUCCAUUGCCACCAGGGAUUGUUGUGUCUACUGCCAGACCCAGAGGCCGUCCACCGAAAGACCCAAAUGCACCCCCAAAGCCACUGAAGCCAAGGCCUACACCUAUUGGAAGUGGAAAGCCAAGAGGAAGGCCACGCAAGAUUGCACGGUCCAUGGAGGAAACCAAUGGGUUUACCACUACCAUAGUAAUGGCAAUGGCGACUGGCAGGCCAAGGGGUAGGCCUCCAAAGGUGAGGCCUGCUUCCAUGACUGAAGUCAGUGUUCAAAACUAGGCCACCUUCUUACAGUAGAGAGACAGUUGUAGUUGCUGGACUGACUUGUGUUGUAGAAUUUGGUGUGUUGUGUGUUGAUGUUUGUGCGUGCACGGCUUGUAAUUGCCUGUAGGAUUAGAUGGAUGUAGUUGUUGUUGUUGAUGUUGAUGAAUCGAGUUUAGGUCUUAAUUUAGUUUGUAGAUAAUAAUCUUAAUCUAACAGCAACAACGGUUUCGCAUUGUUUA